AUGACUUUCAAGCGCCAUUAUCACGAGGACGAGCUCACUGAGGAGGUGUGCGACUUCCUGCUUCCACUCUCAGAUCCCAUCACCAUCCUGUCCGCCACCUCUUCCGCCGAGCACAAGCACAAUGAAGACACGCGAUCCAUCGCUAGAAUCCAGACUGGCACUGCCUACAGAACGCCAAGCGCCCUCACACGAGCUUUCAACACGGUGGAACUGGCUGAGAAAAUCCUUCUUGACCUGCCAGCUGAGAAUCUACUUUGCAAAGUGCAGCUGGUGUGCCGUAGAUGGCACGAGAUUGUACAACACAACGCGCUGAUCCAAGAAUACCUCUUCUUCAAACCUAUCGAAAUCAAACACUCUCUGAGGGAUGUCACGGUCGCUGGUAUACCACCGAAAGCUGGCAAUGCUUCAGCAAGCAAGGAAGGGCUUUCGUGGAAGGAAUUUAGGGCGAAUGCGUUGCACGAAAUCGAAAAUCCGUGGCUGUAUCUCUUCUCUGCGGAUAAAAUCCCAAUUCCAGGCUCAUGGAAACGCAUGCUAGCGUGCCAACCGCCCAAGUCGUUCAUGGCGUGCGUCCCGACUCGGCCUCGGCUUUCGAUCAAAGCUCAAUUCGGAAAUAAAUCGAUUGAUCCUGUGAAUUUCCCUUCAAAGACGUGGAUGGGCGAACAUCGGAAGGGCUCGCCGCUCUGGAUGCUAUAUGUAGCCGCGGACUGGCAUGAUUGGAAGCCGCUCAUGGGCUGGGAGACCAUCCAGAGCUCGAAGAAGGUCGUCAGAGUGGACGAAAAGUUCCUCGAGUUCGAGGUUGCAGAUGAUGAAAAGAAUGUGUAG